GGGAGAGAUAAAAGAAAACUGCCCCACCUGGUUUUAACAGAUGGUGAUAGACUACACACUUCUGGUUACCUCUUGCAUUGCAACCUAAGACAAGUGGGUUUCUUUUCUUCUCUGUUCCAGAGACUUCUCAAGAGGAAGCAAUUGCCAAAGCCCCAGAGUAGAUAAAAUAUCCAGUAGGGGUUCAGUUGUACCAUUUGCAAACAUCUGUGAGGCUCAGUGCUUGAGCUCUGAUGUUAUUGGGGAAAAUCCAUGCUCCUCUCUGCUGGUUGCCUGUUAUGCUGAUUGAGUGUCUCAUUUCUGACAGGAGUCACUUUCAGAGAAUCCAGAACUCUAUGAAGUGUAAAACUCUGUGUUUCAGAGCUCCUCAACUGCAAGUAUUCAUGUAGCAGUGAUGUAGCAUUUGUCACUGUACAGAGCAACCACUGCUUCCCAGUACAAGUUUCCACCUAAGUGGUGCUUCUGAGCCCCCAGCUGGCCAAGCAGCUUCCACGGGUGGUUCUUUAGGAUUCAGGAGCUCGUGGAACAACUUAAAGGAAUACCAGACACAAAUGGCUUUGACUGAAAGGGUCUGUACGAUUGUUUUCUUGGAAGAAAGCAUAAAGUAGCUGAAACCUAUUCAAGAAGAAGAAUUUGGCUCAAAAAAGACACAUUUUUAUAACUUUGGCUAAUAUCCCAAACUUUUAUAGCUUUGGCUAAUAUCCCAAACUAAAACUGUUUGGAUGGCUUGUAUUUUUUUUCUGAGUGGCAGGAAGAAUGAAGAGUAAUAUGGUUAAAACGGAUUUCCUUCCACAGUGAUAUGAAAGGUGAAUAUUUCAUUUGUUUUAAAUCAAGUCAUCCUGCUGUCAUGGUAGAAAUCUCAAAGUCUCAGCCUUGUAGAAGGAUUUAAAAGCAGCACUUCAGCAAUAAUCGGAUUAGAAGGACUUGCAUAGCUCCAUGGUAUAAAAAAGAGAUAAAAGAAACCAGAGUCCCAACUUGCCACAAAGCAAGGCAGUGAGUUGUGGGGUGCAGAAUCAACCCACGGUUCUGAGGCAGUGAUUUUGACAUUCACCUGGAGCAGGGAUGCCUGCAGACUUCAAUGGGUACUGGAAAAUGGUCAGCAAUGACAAUUUUGAGGAGUAUCUGAAAGCACUGGAUGUAAAUGUUGCUGUAAGAAAAAUAGCAAACUUGCUAAAGCCUGACAAAGAAAUCCUUCAGAACGGAGAUCAUAUGAUCAUUAAAACACUAAGCACUUUUAGAAACUACAUCAUGGAAUUUGAUGUAGGAAAGGAGUUUGAGGAGGAUUUAUCUGGGGUGGAUGAUCGCAAGUGCAUGACCACCGUGUCUUGGGAUGGAGAUAAGCUGCUCUGUGUGCAGAAUGGAGAGAAGGAGGGCCGUGGUUGGACCCAGUGGAUUGAAGGAGAUGAAAUGCACCUGGAAAUAAGAGUGUGUGGAGUCACAUGUAAGCAGGUCUUCAAGAAGGUGCAGUGAGCUUCUGCUGCUACAGGAGUGAAAAACAACAGAACAACAGAAUUUACUGACUUGCCAGCAACUCUCCAAACGUUAGCACUGAGCAUCCUCAGCAACAAGAGCAAACACAGAAAUGAAGAUCACAUUAGAACCAUAUAGUUGGAAUAAAAUAUUUUUAGGAAACUGAAAAAAAUGACUGCAAAUAAAGCUAUCUUUAGAAAUGCCUAUUAAAGAUACUUUAUAAACUCUCUAAA